CGAAAGUGUUGAUGUAAACAAGUUUGUGUCGGCAGUUUGGUUGGUCGUCUCGAGCGAAAAAAUCGAUUUGCCGAAAACCAUCGGACACGGACCAAAACCAAAAUGUUUUGGCACAUUUUCCUUCUCGCUUCGGCGAUCAAAAUGAUGUUUAUUCCCUCAUACCGGUCCACUGACUUCGAGGUGCACCGAAAUUGGCUGGCCAUAACGCACAGUAGGCCGCUGUCCAAGUGGUACUACGAGGCAACGAGUGAGUGGACCCUGGAUUAUCCGCCGUUCUUCGCCUACUUUGAGUGGGCGCUGUCGCAGGUAGCGGCCUACUUCGAUCCGGCUAUGCUAAUCGUCACGAAUCUCAACUACUCGUCGAUGAACACGGUCAUGUUCCAGCGGUUCUCGGUGAUAGUGACCGAUGUGGUGUUUGCGUUUGGGGUGAAGCGGUGCAUGACCAAGCUGGCAAAGACAAACAACCAAUUUGCGAUUGGAUCGGGCCUACUACUGGCCAACAUUGGGCUCAUAAUGGUGGAUCACAUUCACUUCCAGUACAAUGGAUUCCUUUUCGGAGUGCUGCUGCUGAGCAUAAGCUACGUCCUGACCGGAAACUAUCUCACCUCGGCGCUGUUUUUCACCAUCCUACUGAAUCUCAAACAUAUCUUCAUUUAUGUUGCUCCGGUUUACGUCGUAUUUUUGCUGCGCUUUUAUUGCUUCCGUAAUGGGGGUGCUUUAAUUAAACUAAUCAAGCUGGGUUCAAUCGUCGGAGCGGUUUGUUUGCUCUCGUUUGGCCCCUUCUACGAACAUAUUCCGCAGGUGCUUUCCCGGCUAUUCCCGUUCAAACGAGGACUAACUCACGCCUAUUGGGCGCCAAAUUUCUGGGCACUGUACAAUUUUGCCGAUAAGAUUCUUUCCUUUGCGUUGGGAAGAAAAGCAGCUACGGCCUCUUCUACGGGAGGUCUUGUCCAGACUUUUAACCAUGAAGUACUUCCAUCGAUUGCUCCAUCUGUAACGUUUGUAUUGAGUGGCGUUGCCAUGCUGCCCACCCUAGUCAAGCUCUGGUCACUUCGAAACGAGGCAAACCUGGGCCAGAACUUCAUACGUGCCAUAACGCUGUGCGCCUGUUCUUCCUUCAUGUUCGGUUGGCAUGUCCACGAAAAAGCCAUCCUCAUGGUCCUUAUCCCCCUUACUAUACUUUCCAUCACCAAUCGCACUGACGCCCGUUGGACUAUAUUCCUCGGAAUUGUCGGCCAUUACUCUCUAUUUCCUCUAUUGUUCAAGUCAGAUCUCCUUCUAAUCAAGCACUCCCUCCAUCUAGUCUACACAGGACUAAGCAUCCUUCUACUCCGUAACAUUCACGGUGGUCGCUUCCUCACCAUUCCGGAGCGCCUCUACCUCUAUGGAUUCGUAUUUCUAUCUUUAUUCGAGAACAUCAUCCACCCGGGGCUGAACCUGGACCGUACUCUCCCCUUCAUCCCACUGAUGGCAACCAGUGUCUACUGUGCACUUGGUGUUACUUACUUCUGGCUCACCUACCAGAAGCAUUUCAUUUCACAAACCCCCUUUCUACAUCCUCAACCAUCACAACAACCCGCGAAGCAGGGACUUUCGAAGCCGAAAAAGUCUUAAAUCCGCCGUUUUGACAUUCCCAAAGUGUAGUAGUAAGUUAAUAAAUAUAUUUAUAAUCUGCGCAA